GCACAACCACAUAUGGCCUCAGCCUCUAAAACCCGCCCUCUAUCCAAAGAAAGAGGAGACCCAGAGAUCCACAGAAGCACAAGAGUCUGCAACAGGAGCUGAUCUGACUGAAAGUCUUCAGUUCGAACAAGCAAUUCAAGCUAAGACUGUGGAAGGUGAAAGCAAGCUCCAUGCUAUGGCUUCUUUCCCAGUGAUGUUGUUUCUUAUUAGCCUGCUGUUUCCAUCUAUGCUCACUAAAGGAAGGGUUCUGACACAUACUCAGAAAGAAUCAAUCAUAUCUGCUGAUCACAAGACACGUGUCAAGACUGACUUGGACAAAAUCGACUGCCCAUGUGAACUAAAUAUCAAAGAUAUCUUGCAGAGGAGCCCCUGUGCAUCUCAUCAAUACCAAACAGCACUUGAAGACCCGACCAAUGAUAACAAACACAAGUUAGACCUGUCUAUUCUCUUAACUUCCCUGAGAAAAUGCUGUGAUUAUCAAGGGGACCCAGUAAACUUCAGUAAUAUGGUCCAUAGGCUCCAAGGGACCAGAGUUAGGCACCAACAAGAAUAUAUGUCACUGUCACUCUACCCUUUGGAGGAAUGCUUAAACUUAGCAAUGACUGUGCUCCUUUUCCAUUAAAUUUAACUAGGAGUCCCCUGAUGCCCUUCCUACUGUUGCUGUCUUUCCAGUUUUCACUGUCUUUAGUGAACCACCCAAAUACAAAGACAGUGAAGACGAAAACACAAAAAAGUCCCCUAUCCUCCUUCCAGUAACAUGUUAAAAAUGACCCGAGGCAGCAAAGAAAGUGUACUGAACCAGAUGUGGAAGGAGCAGGCAGCUGGCUAGUAAUUAGCAUCACUACAAAACUACUGGCCUAACCUCCCUUAUUCAAAUGUACAUGUUGUUUCAUGGAAGGAGUCCCAAUAAAAUCGCCAUGGCUAUUCA